AUGGCUCGCGAUCUCCGGUUUCAGGCCCUCCAGCGGCUUGCCGCGCUGGCGACGACAAACCCGGUCGACUCAUUCGACAAGUCCGAUCUAGACAGAUUGUGCAAAGCUACACCGACGCGUCAAGCCCCGGGAUCCACUAUCAAUGGCCACAAUGCAUCACUCCCAAGGUCCGACAUUGGCCGUGUCCCAAUGACCAUCCGCGAGUUCGAGAUCUUGCUCGCCCUCUGCAAAACAGCGCCCUCUCUGCAGACGCCCCAGAGCGCCCAGAAGCUGUCCCGUCACCUCGCCCCUUACCUACUGGACGCCCACGUUCAAUCAUUUGCCCCGUCGCCUUUUUUCCGCAAGAUCGAGCCGUCUCCGACCGAAUCCUUGAGCUUUCAUGUCACAGCCGCCCUGCUUUCUUUGGGAGCCCAUCAUGGAGACGUGCAGCAGACCGUUUAUGACAACAUCUCGGCCUUCCUCAGCACAUGUGCUCACGCGACCGAGAGCGUCUCCCGUGCCGACAAUGACGACCCCGGUGCGCUGGAGGAUGCCACCCGAACUGCCACCAUCGCCAUUGCGCUCUUGGGUUUCCUGGAUGCUGCCUGUGCCCAGGCCGGUUUCUGGCGGUCCGGCGGUCGUCUUGGCUUGGUUAUGCGGGUGCGCGAUCUUCUUUCGCAGCCUUUUCUCGUUGCCGUCGAGGCCGCCUUUUCGACUAUUCGAAAUGCGCAUACCCAUGACCGCCGUAUCAAGGAGUACAAGGAGUGGAAACGGUGGGUGCACCACUAUGAGGAUAUCGGCCGCCCGUUAGGCGCCCUGCUACUGCAGCGGAGCUUCAUGAGGCUCCUGGUAACUGUUACAUCGCUCUUGGUUGCCGAGGAGGACGCACUGCGGGAAUCGCACGUUCUCGACAUCAUGAUGUUCGGCAAAGGCCUGCGCCGGCCGCUGACUGCCCGUAGCGCUGAGGCGGAUUAUCGCUCGGUCGAGCUGUACGCCGCGGUCGCCAUUGACCAGAUGAACGACCUGGAAUCGAGUGCCGAUUUUGACAGCCUCUCGCCGGCAAAGCAGAGGCUGGCUUUCUCCGUCAAAGCCUGCGCCCUAAUCAGCUAUCUCAACGCGUGUUCUCUGGAUCAGGAUGCUGCCGACGCCGAAGUCCUCAUGACCUGGCUUGAGGACUCUCUAAGCGAUUCCGCAGGUAUGGCUGAUCACGAGCUUGCCGCCAUAGUGCUCAAGUCCCUGGCACUGCUGUGUAGGGUGUCACCCUCAUACGCCGUCAAUGUCAGUCGUCUCCUCCCCCGCUUCAUAGUUCAGAGCAAUGCCAGGAGCCAGAUGGUUGCCGUGGCUUCCAAGUCACUCGCCUUUGUGCUUCAGAUGCUUUCCAAGGAUGCCGUUAUCACCACCCUGUACACCCUUGGCAAUGUCUUGGGUCCUGGGAGCGAUCGCCCCCUUACCAACGGGACUGGUGUGGCCGACGGCCAGGAAACGUCACAUGUUUACGCUGGCAGGCACUCCACUGGCAGCUCCAUCUCUUUGCGGAUAUCUGGCGAAGAGGAGUCGUCGAUUGUCCAGGGCAACGUGGUGCAAGCUAUUUGCGAAAUUGCCAGCGCCUCGAAAGACGAGAAGAUUACCGGCCUCGCCCAGUCAAUGCUCGCGCAAAAGAUUGUCAAGCUAAGCACUCCCCUAGAUGCCCGCAUCAUCACCGGUGCAGCAUCCCUGGCUCUCAGCGGUGGCCAGUCCGAGUUCCGCAAUCUCCUCAAGCGCUAUGCCGCCGUUGCCCAUGACGCUGUCAUGGAAGGCAGAGACGGAAUGCUGCAUGCGAUUAUGAAGGGGCGGAAUUAUAUCUCUGCCAACAUUCGGCGAGAUUCGCCUUUGUUCGAUAUAUAUCUGGAGCACUUGCUCGACGGCAUCAUCUCGCAAGGCGACGCUCACGCCAACCAGAGUCACCAUGCCAAGGAAUCAGACAUGGAAUUGGCUGCUCGGGAGAUCGCCCAACUCCUCCCGCCUCUCGCUGUCCUCAUGUCCGCCAACCCGCUAACUUUCGGCGACCCCUCGGAUGACGAUAUCCGCUCUAUGCUCCGUGAUGCGUGGUUCAACAUUGUCGUCCAUGGCUUCACAUCUUCCACUGAACGCGGGAAGCAAACUCUCAAACACCUCCGGAUCAUGGCAAUUCACUCGCCGCCCUUGGUCUCCGAAAACCGCGGGGAACAGGAUGAGAGUGACAUCGAUCUCAAUCCCAUCCUGCGCAGAGGGGAGAGUUCCGAUCGAGAGUCGUGGCAGAAGAAGCUCCUUGCCGAGCUGAUCCCCACAAGAAGUAGCGAGAUCAAGGGACUCAGCUAUCGCAAAACCAUAUUUCUUCAGGCUGCUUGGUUGGUGGAGAGCUUGCGGGCGGACGCCGGCGACUGCACCAAGGCCCUGUCGUAUUUCCUCGAGCCCAGCAUGCGGCGAGGCGAGGUGAGCCGCACCAUGGACGCCAUCAUGCACGCCGUGGUUGAGCGAUACCUUGACAAAACAGUGAAUGCCGCGAAUCCCACCUUCUCCGCUCAGUACGCCGCCGCCCAGCUUGCCGCCAUAUUCUGCAGCUGCUGCCAUCGAAUCGAGCGAGUGCAGCAGGCGGCGUUCGGCUGCGCAGAUCGCCUCAUAGAGGCCAUACCGUCGGCUCUCUGCCAACGGUCAUCCCUUUUCACGCUCCUUGAGCUGCUCUCGUUGAUGUGGGCCAGCUGCCUGGAAGCGGAAACGGACCGGUACGAGCCACGGACCACUUUCAGGUCCUCCAGGGCCGAUGUUGUUGUCGAACUUUCGGACGACUACCAGUUCAGGCAGUUGACUCUCGACAACCUGUACAAGAAGGCAAGGACCUGGCUUUCCAGGGCCAUCAACAUCGCGCCUGCUGAUAUCAAGGGCUUGCUACAAACAUACCUCUCUGAAUUCGACGACGAUAGCGGGUAUGGUCAUCUGUCUCUUGGGAGAUCGUUCGCUGUUGAAGUCGGCUCGACCAUCCCAUCAACCGACCAAAGACUGUCGUCGCUUGACAUGCCGGGGAACUACCCCAUAAACACAGCGUCCGACUUUAUGGCCCAGUACACGACGCGGCAGGAAUACCGGUACUCGGAAGCUCUGCCCGAUCAAAGCCGAGAGUGGUACAGCUUCAUGUCCAUGGACCGCAGGGCAUCAUUCCUCAAGUCGUCCGCCAGCGAAACCGCCGAUGCCAUAACAGCGCUGUCCCACAUCGAGAAGCGAAUUCUCAGUCGGAGGACCACGUCUCUCACGGAUGUGAGAGAUAUUCUCCGUCGCGCUGCCGCCCUCCUUUGUCGAAGCGAGCAGGACGAAUGCUCCAUCAUCCACUACCUUGUCGGCAUCCCGUUUGCCAUGUUUACCAAGCAAGCGAUCAAGCUUGGAGUUUCACUCUGGCUUGGGGUCAUGAACGAGAACCCCAGGAUGGAGCCGCGUAUCCUGGCGGAGAUUGUACAGGGCUGGGAAUCCAGCGUUCACAAACGACAGGGGCUCUUCAGCACCUCCAUCACCAGUCCCGACCCUUUCUUCCUCCGGCAGGAGUUUGCCCCGAGCGACAACGCGGCUCUUGCGAAGCAUAAGCAGUUCGUCCACAACGUGCUCUCUCCGCACUCCCGGCUACUGCAGUUCUUGAGCAGCCAUUACAGCGCUACCCGAUUGGGCAACCCAGACACGCACCACUUCUUCCUCCGCCUCCUUGACGUGACGCUCGAGGCAGUUAAAAACGCCACACCUCACCCAAUGGCAAGAGAGAUCCGAUUCCAAGUGUUGCUCUUUGGACUCAAGGUCCUCAACUCGAGCACGACAAUGGGCGCCACUGCGCAAUACCGUCUGAAGGACCAGAUAUUGUCCGCUGGCCUUGGCUGGUUCAACGCUCCGCCGCGCUGGUCCUUCGGAAGCAACAUCCUCCAGCUCAAAACCGAGAUCCGCUUGAUUGAGGAUAUUGUGGCGGCUUUGGGAGAGGUGGCAACUAUCGGUGCGCGAUCUGUUGGAACAAUGAAGUCGCUCGCUGCCAAGGAGAAGUUACUUGUAGUAUUCUUGGAAAGCGAGCACUCGAAACUGAACGUCUGGGCUCGCCCGGUCGACGUUUUCAGGCCGCAUUCGACGUUCCAUCACGGUGGGAAAGAUGGCGCGUUUGAGGCCGCGGUUCAUCCCCUUCUCCGGACAGCAUGGGCCGAGAGUCCAUCGUUGGCGGUGCACCUCGCGAGCAGAUUCCCUUACCCGCGUGUGCAGACCGAGAUCCGUUGGUUGCUGCUGAACUUCACCGCCAAGGCCGCUGCCGAACCCGAGGCAAUUCCCGUCCUUAUCGACGGCGCAUUGCCCGACGACGUCAGCUUCCAACUCAAGUACCUGCUUUUUUGGGCCCCAGUCAACCCUAUCACUGCUGUGACGCUCUUUUUGCCGGCUUAUAGGCACCAUCCUUAUGUGAUCCAGUAUGCGAUGAGAGCGCUGGAGAGCCAUUCGGUCGAUGUGACCUUUUUCUAUGUUCCCCAGAUCGUCCAAACUCUUCGACACGACGCCCUGGGCUAUGUGGAGCGCUACAUAUUAGAGACAGCGCAGUUCUCACAGCUCUUCGCCCAUCAGAUUAUCUGGAAUAUGAAGGCAAACGCCUACAGGGACGACGACUGCCAAACUCCCGACUCCCUCAAGCCGACCCUCGACAAGGUCACGAGCCACAUGGUUGACAGCUUUUCGCAAGCUGACCGGGAGUUCUAUGAACGCGAGUUCGCCUUCUUCGAUGAAGUGACCAGUAUUUCAGGGAAGCUUAAGCCGCUGGUCGGGCGCUCAAAGCCCGAGAAGAAGCAGAAGAUCGAGGAAGAACUCCGAAAGAUCAAGGUCGAAGUCGGCGUGUAUCUGCCGAGCAACCCCGAUGGCGUGGUCAUUGGUAUCGAUCGAAAGUCGGGCAAACCUCUGCAAAGCCACGCCAAGGCUCCUUACAUGGCAACUUUCCGCAUCAAGAAGAGCAAGGGUGGCAUCCAAGAAGGAGAGGAGAUGCUUGAGAAAGUCGGCAAGACCAACAACCAGACGGCCGUCCAGACGACGCAGACGAUCGAAGUCUGGCAGUCAGCCAUCUUCAAAGUGGGCGACGACUGCCGCCAAGACGUGUUAGCACUCCAGAUGAUUGCUGCCUUCCGCGGGAUCUUCCACAGCGUCGGCCUCGACGUCUAUGUGUUCCCCUACCGCGUUACCGCGACGGCACCUGGGUGUGGCGUCAUUGACGUGCUGCCAAAUUCCAUUUCCCGGGAUAUGCUCGGUCGCGAGGCUGUUAACGGGCUCUACGACUAUUUUGUGUCCAAGUACGGCAACGAGGAUUCCUUGCGCUUCCAGCAGGCGCGGAACAACUUUGUCAAGAGCAUGGCUGCCUACUCGGUCAUCUCGUUCCUUCUCCAGUUCAAGGACCGCCACAACGGCAACAUCAUGAUUGACGAUGCAGGCCACAUCCUUCACAUCGACUUUGGUUUCUGCUUCGACGUCGCCCCCGGCGGCAUUAAGUUUGAGCGCGCCCCCUUCAAGCUCACGUCCGAGAUGGUGGCUGUGAUGGGCGGCAGCCCCGAGCACCAGUCCUUCCGCUGGUUCGAGGAGCUUUGUGUCAAGGCGUUCCUGGCCUCGCGGCAGUACACGGAGAAGCUCUCACAGAUCGUCCUACUCAUGAUGGAUAGCGGCUUGCCGUGCUUCAAGCCCGAGAGCGUCAAGCACUUCAAGGAGCGCUUCGUGCUGGACAAGACGGAGCGCGAGGCGGCCGAGUUCAUGAAGGGGCUCAUUAAGCGAAGCUAUGGCAGCUACUCGACCGGCAUCUACGAUCAGUUCCAGCUUCUGACGAAUGGGAUUCCGUACUGA